AUGGCUGUGGGCUUGUGUUGGCUGCCGAAACUGUUUGAUGUGAAUGCCUUGAAUUGUUGCAAGAAUUUGUGUGUGCGUUACGGUAUGUUUUUAGCGAAAUCCCGGGAGGCAUGUAAUGAACGUAUGGACGCUGGCCGAUGUGAGGGCAGUUUCGAGAGUUACUACUACGAGAAGGCAUCCGGCACGUGUGAACCGUUCAAGUAUUCGGGUUGUGGCGGAACCUCAAACAGAUUCCAAACGAAAGAGCAAUGCGAAGAGGUCUGCAUGAAAUCGCAAUCGAAUGAUGUGCAUGGACAGCAACAACAACAACAACAAACCGAUCAGCCACACGCAUCGAUGCGUUAUCCUCAAAAUCCAGGCAUUCAAUUUUCUUUUCUUUAUGAUAGUUUCUUUUUCUUCAUGGUAACUGAAGAAUUGUCCAUCUGCAGCUUAUUGUUGACAAAUGCUUAUGGCCCGCUCAAGCACUGA